CCCGUGUAUCCUCCAGUUCCGCCUCCCGUAGCCGACGACUUCACGCUAACGACAUCCAUCCACGAUAACCACGAUGUACCGGCCGCUAUUCUUUUCCGCGGCGCAGAGCGAGGCCUUCGAGCGGGCGCGUCGGCAAUCGCAAGAGCGCGCCGAGCGUGAACAGCGGACACUCUUCUGGAGGCGGGGCUUCCACCUGAACGAGAACCGUGUAGGCUGGGGCUACUACCUAGAGGCACCAUCCACAGCAACUUCGAGCACGAUCGAUGAGCAGGAGAGCGGGGAGGACGGGGAGGACGACGAAGGGCAAGGACAGGAGGAUCGCCGCGAAGAGGAGGCCGGAGCGCCCGGGGCGGAGGACCGCGCUUCCCCACAUUCUCCCAUGGCUCGCUGGGCGCGCAUGAUUCCGUCGCACGCAACACGACUAGCACAGGCUAUCUCACGACGGACAACGAUGGCGGUCAAGACACACGUUUGGGUCUCGCUCUGGUUUGCACUGACCAUUCCGGUUAUAUUUUGGGAUGCGGGGUACUGUUUCCUACGGCCUCGAUCGAUGGUCGGCGGGGACCUGCACUGGAUAUGGAAGCCGUAUGCCCUGUAUCAGGAGGUCGACUACGUGUACGGCGUGAGAGCGUACCAAAACGGGGACGGCUUCACGAAUGCUCAAUCGGCCCUUAACAUCGUGGAGAACUUUAUGAACAUCGCCUACCUCUACCUCGCGCAUGUAUCCGGCUCGCCGGCCGCCCCGCUAGUCGGCUUCGCGAGUGCCGUCAUGACGCUCUCGAAGACCGUCCUCUACUGGCUGCAGGAAUUCUACUGCGGCGGCUGUGCGGUCGGCCACAACGACCUGAAGACGCUGAUCGUCUACUGGAUCAUCCCCAACGGACUUUGGCUCGUCGUGCCGAGCUUUAUCAUCUGGCAGCUCACGAAGGACAUCACUGGGAUGCUCCGCGUCGCCGACAGGGUCGCGGUGAAGGCCGCGUCUGGCAAGAAACAGUAGUCGCGCCGCGGCCCCUAUGUUGCACGACACCUCCCCGUUCGGUGUUUUGCACUCCGCCCCCCUCAGAACUCAGGAUCAGCAUUGCUGCUAAUGUAUUGGCGAAUCUCUCACGGAUGUUUCUUGGAUGUACGCCGCCGGUGGGAAUAUAUACCAUAGUGUUGUGUGCUC